AUGGCCGACCCACAGGAGUCUCUUGUUGAUAUUGUUAAAAAAAAUAAAUUCACCGCCAAAUCAGACGAUGAGAUUGUUGAACUCUUCAAGAACGCAUUCAAGACUGAACUCAAUCAUCUAAAAAAUGCAAGUCCCACCGUGGAGUCCGGUGCGACGAAGAAAUGGAACGGGACACCAUCACAGAAAGUCUUCGGGGAUGAUUACCACGAAGUCAAUCGAACACUAACCAGCAUGUUGGCCAUUAAAUGGGUCCUGACUGGCGAUUAUAAAACUUUUACAAGUGGUCAAGAUACCGGGAAGCUGUCGGAGAAAUCUUUCGUGAAAAUGCAGGAGUUCUUUCGCGAUCGAUUGCCUACCCCAGAGGAUGUUUAUGCACUUAUUGUUGCAUUGAUGAUUGACGAUAUCGGGAAGGACAAAGCUCUUGCUGAGAAUGUGGAAAUCCCUGAGGAAAACCAUGGAGAAGUGUUGCUCAAGGCCGUGGAGAAGGGAUUAGUGCCUGCCUUGGAAGCCAUCACGGAUCAAGCCAAGAAACAGAAUAUCAUCCAGAGCCUGACCAUCGGCUCGAAACUUGAUAUUUCACAGAUAGUCCAGGGGGAAACCGUCCCGCAUAGCAUGCUUGCUUUGAAUGAUAGCCGGAACCUGCAUGAUGCAUUCAAUAUCAAGGCCAUGGUAACGUUGCUGGACGUGGGAGGGGCUGCUGCGCAUAGUGACCCGCGCGGGUGCAUUGUGAUGACACAACCGAUAUUCGAUCACUAUAUGAAGGCCAUCGAGCUCUUGGAUGAAUAUCGCAGAAAGGAAAACCCAGGCUGGCCAGAAUGCUACAACAAGUAUCUGGCUUACCGUGCUGAUAUUCUGAAGGACAAUGGGUUCGCUUUACUAUCUACUAAAGACUCGGAAGAGCGUGCGCUUCUUCGACUUCUUUGCAUGGGGUGA